AUGGACUCCCACAAACCCAUCCGGAAACGCGCCUCUAUCGCCUGUGACACGUGUCGGCGGCAAAAAGAGAAAUGCGAGGGUGGAGCUCCAUGCUGGCGAUGCCAACGACUCGGGAGACAAUGUACCGUCAAGGGCCAGACCUUGUCGCUGUCAAGGCAAACACCGUCUGAUGUGCGUGACGCGGGAAAGCAAUCUACUUCGCGCGUGGAAGGCCUCGAACAAAUCGCCCGCCACUUCUUGGGGAACGUAUCUCUGGACGAGGAGAAUGUCCGCCGCAUUGUCUCGAGACUCGGGAGGACGCCGCUGGGGGAGUCGCAGAACGUGGUUGAAAGCUUCGAUGUGCAGUUCGUCGCGAGUGAUACUGCGCACUACUCGGGUGAGUUUUCGCACUGGAAUUUCUCUCAGAAGCUUCGAAGGAGAAUCGGCCGGAUCGAAAGAUUUGGGAUAAAGGAGUACUGGCGCCCGACCCAGCUCCAGUCAUCCACGCACCUCGUCUCAGCGGCCGUUUCCCACCUGCCACCCCGCUCAAUUACCGAGUUCCUGCUCAGCAUGUUCUUCAAAUACGCCACGUUGAAUGUCUUCUACAUUGAAGAAUCUUGGAUUAAGGAGCGCGUCGCCCGAUGUUAUAAUUCAGCGGCUGUAUAUAGUCUUGCUGAUACUCCCUGGGUGUGCUCUUUAUUCGCCGUCCUGGCUAUCGGGACGCAAGUCGCGCAUAUGGAGGGAGAACAAGCAGAGGCCGAAGAUUCCACUCUAUGCUCGGAAGACUCAGUCGGUCUUUCGCUGUACCAUACUGCAUGUCGACUGAUACCCGACGUGCUGUUGGUAGCGUCACAUGAGAGCGUACAGGCUUUCCUAUUGCUUGCGCUCUAUGCCUUGCCGGUUUCCACUGGUGGUCUGUCAUAUUCAUACCUUGGGAUUGCGGUGAAGAUGGCGAUUCAAAAUGGGAUGCAUCGGAAAUACACGGGCGAGGGCGAUCCUCAUAUCAUUGAGACGAGGAAUCGCAUUUUCUGGACGGCUUGCACCAUGGACAGAAGAAUAAGUAUUCUCCAUGGCCGCCCGGCGUCGAUUGCAAAGCCCGACAUCAGUGCCGACUUCCCGUCCGACACUCCAUCAUUUGCAUCCCCAAACUACGCCAACAUGAUGGCCUUCAUCAAAUUGAAUUCAUGGCUUGGAGAGGUGGCGGAAACACUGACGCUUCUUCGCAACUGCCCGAAAAGGUUCAUCUCCGGCUAUCUCAACCGGCUGCUCCAACUCCGAAGCGACAUCACUCAGUGGUGGAGCGCGCUCCCCUCCUCCAUUGAGGGCAAAGACAUGGCGCUAAGCAGCUACCUGUUCAGACAGAACGCUCAUCUCAAACUAACCUAUUUGCUCGUGUUCAUUUACAUGGGCCGACCGUUUAUGUUUGCCGAUGACUGGAAGCUGCCUGCCAGAGACGAUGAAACUACCUCCCCGUCCGCCCGUGUGACGCGUAAUGAUGAAAAGACAGACAAUGACCCAAAAACCGUCCUAGUCCAUGUCUGUGUCAAAAGUGCCCUUGAAACUCUCUCAAAGUUACAAACCAUGUCCAAAUACACUGGCCUCUGCCGCGCCUCCUAUACAGAGUUCAGCUCCUGUCGCGCUGCGCUACUGGUAAUACUAGCGGAUCGUCUUAAUGCGCGUACACUGAAAUACCAAGACGAGUUCGAACAAGGAAUGGCUAUGAUACGGCGUAUGGUUGGAGGAUGCUCGUCUGAAAGCGAGAUCUCUUAUUUGCAGAGUUUGGAUGCAGCGAUCCGGACUUCUCUCGACAGUGAUCUAGUUGCAGAUACUGAUGCGGGAAUGGAAACCUCGACCUACUCGCAAUUCAAACAGUGGACGAAUACGAUGAAAGCAGAUGCAAAUACCGGCGGAGUUGCCGACCUGGAGAUUUCCUCGUUUAGUCCAUUUUCAUUCAUGGACCCAAAGGCUCGUGAACGGACGGAUUGCGGUGGCUCGAUGGACAUCAUAAAUACAUGGCGCGAAGACUUUGGUCAUGACGCGACAUAA